AUGUGGUUCAUUUGGGCGGAACGAAAUAGGAGCCGACAUGACCAAGUCCCCUUCAAACCUUACAAUGUGAUAUGGCAAGUGCAAACCUUCAUCCGGAAUGGUAUGUCUAUUGGUACCAUCAAGCCGAAGCAUUGGAGAGGCAUGCUCUUGAAGAUGGAUGUCCCAAGCCAAGUCGAGUCGCGAAGGCCAAGACCGCUUGCCAUGCAAGCCAAGUGGCACCCCCCGGACCAGCCCUGGAUAAAGAUUAACACGGAUGGUGCAAUUUCGUUGGUGACGGGCAAGGCCGGAGGAGGAGGGGUAGUCCGAGAGGAUAUCGGGAAAGUCCUUGCCGCAUUCGCUACCCCACUCGACGCUCAAUCAGCCCUUGAGGCCGAUCUUAUGGCCAUCCACCACGGCCUCGUCAUAGCCAAGGAGUUCAAUCGGCCUAUUUGGAUUGAAUCAGACUCCGAACAAGCCAUCAAGUUCUUCAAUGGUACAACCUGGGGGCCGGCGCAUAUCUGCCGGUCCAUGGCGCGCCUCGCCAUCCUCUAA